UUAGGUUAAAUGAUGCACCAGUUCAAGGAUACACAGAUCACGUUGGUAACAAAACUACUAUACGGAUGACUUACCCAGAAGGAGCCCCCCUUUCUGAACACGAAUAUCCUCCUGCUAGCUUGUUUGUGGCUGUUUUGUUUAAAAGUGUUGAUUUCAAUUGGCUUCAAGCAAUUUUAAAAAAUGAAACCUUGCCUCUGUGGGUGCGACUCUUCUUUUGGAAGGAGGUUGCUGAGAAAAUUCCUUUUACAUCAAAGCAGUUUCGGAUUCUGAAUCCAGUCAUCAUCAAAGAGACAGCUUUGGACAUUUUACAGUUCCCUGAACCUCGAUCAAAAUUCUGGGGUUGGGAUAAGAAUGUACCAACAAUUGGGGUCACAGCAGUUGUUCUGGCCACACAUUUAUGUGAUGAAGUGAGCUUAGCAGGAUUUGGAUAUGACCUCGAUCAACCCAGCACACCUUUGCACUAUUACAACAACCUCUGCAUGGCUGCCAUGAACGGACAAACUAUGCACAAUGUGACAAGCGAAACAAAAUUCCUGCAGAAACUGAUCAAAGAAAAAAUUGUCAAAGACCUCACUGGUGGGAUACUUUGUGAAUUCUGCGUCAAAGACAGCUAGUGAUUGAAGUGCGGCAUGGUUUGGAUUUGUUAAAUGCCCAGGGAUUGAGCUGGAACAACCUU